CGCUUCCGGGGCCGCGGCCAUCGCGACCCUCGGCUCGACAGGACAGUAGAGCUGUACGCAGGAGCUGACUCCGGCCCCUACUGUCCCUGAGUCCCGGCCGCCUUCGCUCCGCCGCCCGCCUCCUGAGCCAGUCAUGUUGGAGUAUCUGAGUUCCCUGCCCACGCAAAUGGAUUACAAGGGCCAGAAGCUAGCUGAACAGAUGUUUCAGGGAAUUAUUCUUUUUUCUGCAAUAGUUGGAUUUAUCUACGGGUACGUGGCUGAACAGUUCGGGUGGACUGUCUAUAUAGUUAUGGCGGGAUUUGCUUUUUCGUGUUUGCUGACACUUCCUCCAUGGCCCAUUUAUCGCCGGCACCCCCUCAAGUGGUUACCUGUUCAAGACUCAGGCACAGAAGACAAGAAACCAGGGGAAAGAAAAAUUAAGAGGCAUGCUAAAAAUAAUUGAUUGGGGUUUUCAUGAUUGAGCUUUACUACUGCACCUGCUUUUGUUUCGUGUGACAUGAGCUAAAUUGUUUUCAUAUCCAAAACAUGAGCUAAAAACACCUAUGCUCAGCUGUGUACAGAUUUUGUUCUCUCUAUAUUUCACUUUUAUGUUGGGUUUUGAUUUAUAAAUAUUUUAGACCUUCUCUUCACAAUCUUCCUCUGAAAUGGAGAACAGAAAACACAAGUAUGCAAAGUUUCUUUCAGGUCUACAAAAUAAUGAAGAAUAAAAGCCUCAUAAAUGAUAGUACAGUUUAACUAUCAAAGUUUUAUAAUUCAUUAUGAGUCAUCAGGCUGUUUUAAUGUUUUCAAAUAAAACUCACAGUGCAACUCAA